UAAGGUGUCUUCGUAUAAUGCUGUCUGAUCUUUUUUAUAAUCAUGGACACUUGUGUGCCUCUCGUCCUUGGGAAGUAAUAGUAGCUUUUUCAACUCUCACCAUUUGCAUGCUGUCUAUGGGACCUAAAAUUGUAGAUAAUAAAAUAUAUGGUUGGAAUUAUCAAUGCUCUGUCACUGAGGUACUGAAUAAGGACAUGGAUAUUGUCAUCAUGACGAUAAUUCGAUGUAUGGCAGUUUUGUUUAUAUAUCAUCAAUUUCGGAAGUUGCACAGAUUGGGUUCAAAGUACCUAACUGGUGUUGCAUGCAUCUUUACGGUGUUUUCAAGCUUUAUAUUUAGCAGCAGUGUCUGGAAAUAUUUUGAGGGGAAUUUUUCGAAACUGAAUGAAGCUAUACCUUUCUUCCUGCUCCUCAUCGACUUGCCUAAAGCGGGUUUGUUGGCUCAAUUCGCUCUCAGCUCAUCAUCAAAAGAGGAGGUGUGUGAAAACAUUGCCAAAGGUAUGGCAGUUUUGGGACCAGCAAUAACACUCGACACCUUAGUUGAGACACUUGUAAUAAGAGUUGGAACUUUUUCAGGUGUGAAAAAACUGGAGGAAAUUUCUUGUUUUGCUGUUCUCUCUGUUCUUGUUAAUUAUAUUGUCUAUAUGACAUUUUUUCCUGCGUGUCUAUCUCUAGUGUUAGAGCUGAAUAGAAAUAAUGAUGAAAAUCGCCCUGUUUGGCAACUGAGUCAGUUUCGAAAGGAAGAAGAACAAAAAUCUAAUCCUGUUCUACGACGUGUUAAAGUUGUUAUGUCAGCUGGUCUUCUUCUGGUUCACUUUGGCAGUUACUGGCCCGAAAUGGUAGUAAAAGAGCCUGGUGUAGGACAACAUGAUAGAAAAAAUUACCGUUGGCUUUCUGACCGUAGUCUGCUAGAUAAUAACUCCACUUUUGAGAAGUUAUUUUAUAGCUGGUUUCCUGUUAGCUCUGAACAGCUAGUUAUGCUUGUUCUAGCUUCUGCUCUAGCCGUGAAGUAUAUGUUCUUUGAAAAUAGGGAAGAUUUACAAGAGCCCUUUUCAACAACUGACGCCAUGCCCCAGUCACACGUGAAUUGCUUGGAGAUGACAAGCACAAACAAUGUGAAUGACGUAUUACCUACAACUCCUGGACUCAGACAUAAUAGACAAGCUAGCUUGUCAAGUAUUGACACGCCUCCAUCUCCAAAGCAUUUCCAAAACUGUAUAUCAACUUCAUGUGGUAUGCUGCCAUUUGUCAGUGUUCCAGCCUCCCCAUUUUCUGUUAGUUCUGUUUCAUUUACUCUGGGUGAAGACGAUGAAGAGAAACAUUUCUUAGACAAAGAAGUACAAACGAUUCUGAAUGAGAAUUCUCCAGCAGAAGGUGACACCAUAAUAAGCCUAUCCAGGAAACCUCGCCCAAUCAACGAGUGCUUUGAAUUAUUGAAAUCCAUGGAAGGAUCAGAAAAACUGAGUGAUCAAGAAGUACUCUUGUUACUAGAGAAAAAAUACAUUGCUACCUACAAACUGGAGUCUCUUCUCGAUAAUCCUGAAAGAGGUGUGGCAAUCCGCCGUCGAUUUGUAGCAAAGGCGUCUAAUUGUAAUGAUCAACUGAGAGGUCUACCCUACAAAAAUUAUGAUUAUUCUCUGGUCAUGGGAGCAUGUUGCGAAAAUGUAGUUGGGUAUGUACCUAUUCCAGUUGGAGUUGCUGGUCCUCUAGUACUGGAUGGAAAACACUACCAAGUUCCUAUGGCAACGACGGAAGGAUGUUUAGUAGCUAGUGCUAACAGAGGCUGUAGAGCACUGUUUUUAUCUGGUGGGGUCCGUAGUAGUGUUGUGUCUGAUGGUAUGACCAGGGCGCCUGUCGUUCGACUUGCAACAGCAUGUCAAGCUGCGUAAGUACAAGUGUAAUUAUAAUAGAUCUAUU